AUGGCAUCGCCCAUAAAGUCCUGGAUUGCUCCUGUGAUUGAAAAUUGCCUUUCUGUGCGGUGGAAGGCCUCUGAGUUUGAAGACGAUGGAAGUAAUCUUCGUUUUCUCAACAUCCCUCAGCAACUCGUCUUGGUCAAUAGCUGGGCUACAGGCAAUAAAACAACCACCCUCAAUGUCACCGAUUUAUAUACCCAGAUCGAUGCGAUCCUUGGCAGAGACUCUCUAGAAACCUUCGAACGAGAAUAUCCCAAGCUCCAGCUCGACAAGGACAGGGCCAGAGGCAAAUACCUCAAAUUAAUGGAUUUCGAGGUGGUUUUCGAAUACUCCAUCUCUCAACCUAAGAUUCAUCUCUAUGUCACACGCUUUAAAGUCGCUUCCGAUAAACGCCCCUUUAAAGGACCACCGCAGGGCAGAGGUAUCAAAAGGAACCACCAGUCUCUACAACAAUUGAUGCGAACGCUUUCCGAUCAGAUCAAAUCCCGGGAGAGAAGCCGAAAUAGCCUGGCGAAUACGUCUUAUUUCAACGAGCCCCCUCAGACGCAAGCCAAUAGAGUUUCCCAUAUGAAUGAUACCCAGGACUUUCUAGCGUCCCAGGUUCAACCAACGUUCCAUCCCCCUAGGCCCUCAACCGACUCUAAAAACUCAGGGAAUGGUUCGACUUCCUCGGCUAAGCUUCUAGGACUUCUAGAAUCCAACUCCAUAACUACAGAUCGAGGGCUAGCGACAAGUCACCCGGUAGAAGCCAUCUCAGCAUCUGCCGGUCGUGCACGCUCGAUUGAAACCGAAAGAUUGGAGCAAGCUGGUGGCAACGAACGCCAGGAUGCUGCAAGUGAUGCUCGAGGUACAAGCAUGGAAAAUACACGCAAGUCUACGCCUACUCCUGUCUCUCAGUCGAUAGCUGUGGAUAAGAGCCCUGGUGCCGACAACGCGGCUCAACCCCAUACGGGUGAGCGUGAGCAGCCAAGUUCGCAACCUCGUAAACCAGAAGACGGCAAUAAACGCUCCGUGGAAGUCGCUGAGAGCGUAAAGGAUAAAAAUAAUUCAAAAUCAUCAUUAAGCGGAUCCCCUGAAAAGAAUUCGGCUAAUAAAAUAACCUCUGGUACAAGACGACCUCCUAAUCUUCAAGAAUCCAGAAACAAGAACCCGUGGGUGGGUAUGACAAGGAUUCACAGACGAGAUGUUACCAUACCAAAAGACCAAGCAGCCUUGUUUGAGCAGCAUACCUUGUGUUGGGUUCCCCCUGCUGUAGGAGAGAGAAUGCCCCAAGGCCAUGUGCCGCCAUCUCUUCUGAAUCAGUGGAACAAUAUCGCCUACCAACGAAGUCGGUUUUCAAAGGCGGAAGAUUGGAAAGCUGCUGUCACCCAAUCGAUCGAUCCGGUCGACUCACACGAGCCCUCGCCGGACAAUAGCAGCUCCGCAUCCGAGUCGGAUUCAGAUAGCGCAUAUUCAUGGGACGGCUCCCCGGAACGGAAUGUUCGCCCUCGGCAGCAAUUGCCAGCUGAUAGUAGUCCAGCGGAGCGAGGUCCCCCAAGGGUAGUAGUCGCGCAAGCACAUAGAAGCAAGGAAACCCUCCAGUCAAAGUCCGAAAAUCAACGCGAACAAGACCUGUCGCGUGACAAUCAAAACGCCCAAGGCCAUGGAAAGGCCAAUGGGGUAACCACUGCUACCGAGACACAGCCAGUGGAGAUCGAAGAUGCUGUCCAAGGUCGCGAUCCGAGUUCUGAUGAAGAGAGCGAGGAUUCAAUGAUGGAUACAUCCGUCCCUUGUCCACUCGGGGCUCCUGGCUCACAGCAAAAAUACUUUCACGGCCAGUCGGAUGUUGAAAUUACCAGUUCAGGGCCAUCCCUUCCUGCACAUCAAGAACAAAUACAGGUGGUGGAAACCCCUGCGGGCCAUUUUAAUCGCCUCCAGCCCGCGAAUGCGAAUAAGGACAAAGCCGGUCCAGUCACUUCCCCCGAACGCAUAACAACCCCCCAGGCCAAGUCGUCCUCUCAGUCGCGCAUUUUGAACACGUACGCCAGCAACCAACCCGGCACACAAGACACCCAGGGGUCUUCAAACCCUUCCCAGGGAAGUGGCUUCCAUGAAGUUGAUAUUAUGGCGACACAAUUAAGCAAUGGUAGCUGGCAGCCUCAGAAUGACGCCGUGUCUCCGCAACCGAGCAUGGCUGUGCCCAAUUCAACAUCCCAAUCAGACGGGUCGUCGAAACCGUUCUCAUCUCACAACGUAGUGAUUUCUUCUAUUCCGACCGGCGAAAAUGCAGAAAACGCAACAGAUAUCCUCAACCCUGCACAAGACCCACCCGUUGAGCAUGCAUCUAAAUUGCCACUGAAGCGCUUUGCAUCAGAGCUCGAUGUCGAAGAGCAGUCUCCAGCUAAGCGACACAGGGUAAUCAAGCAGGCCCGAGUGAUCAAAGAGCCAACACCCAACGUGAUCUUUCGUCGACAAAACUACAUUGGGGGCUCUAGCAACCUUGUGGAGGCACAAAGAGUCUAUGAAAAGUUUCGCAGUGACUAUCCACUUUAUGAGGGAGACUUUCCGCAUUUUACCGAGUUAUGCUUCAAACUGCGGGCCCUCCGAGCCGGGGGAAACCUGAAGAGAUCUUUCCUGUGGGAUGAUUUUGUCAUCCAACAUUUAGAGGAAUACCAACAGCACAUUGAGCAGACGCAGUUUCAGGACACCAAGUCACAAGACUACGAAACGUAUUUUACGUCUAAUUUCUCACGGCCGUCAUUCAAAAAGCGAAGUCUCACGGCGGAUAGGAUCGAAAUAGCUGCUUCUCAGUACAUGCCCGCGGGCCAAGCCGAUGCAGCAGCGAGCCAUACUAGGCCUCAGGCGGGCACUUCCUUUACAGGAAGUCUUGCGGACAAAUUCUCGAAUCUACACGCACAUUCGUUCGGACCUUCGACUCAAGAUCUGCAAUUUGAUACCGACGACGACAAGAUGUCGGUUGGAAUGUCCUCACCUACACCUUAUGAAAGGACCGCAUGGUACACGCCUAUCGAAAAUAUAUCAGAUCGCGAGGAUCGCGAGGAUAUUCAGACAUCAAAUCCUGAGGCUGCCGAACGCGAGCAAGAUACGGAGCGUGAUGUUGCUCAUGGCGCUGAAGGCGCUGGGGAUCCCGAGGUGAUUGAAGUCGAAAGCAAUUCAAAUGCCGAACAUCCUCGGGACGUUGAAAUGGCUGAGGUUGAAGUGACUACAGGCGCCAAAGACGGCCAUGAGGAAGGUGUCGCGGUCGAAAGCCUUGAAGAUGUUAGAAUCGUUGAAGCUAAGACGAGAAAGCCUGGCACGGGUGGAGAUGACCAGCCCGGCAAGGAUGUCGAGAUGGCCGAGGUAGCUGAUGUCGCUGAAGAAACCCGAAAUGUCGAAAAUGCUGCUGGUGCUGAGGUCGCCAACACGACCCAGGCUGUAGAGAUACAUCGCGAUACCGAGGAGUCUAAGGCCGUUGAACCAGCUGAGGCAGCUGAUGUCAGCCAAAAUGCCAAGAAUGACGAGGGCACUCAAGCCGUUGAAGACACUAGCGUCCCCGAAAACUCUCAGGAAAAGAAUGAUGGUGUCGAGAAUUCCGAGGUUGCUGAAGUUGCUGAGAUCAUUGAAGAUUCCGACGUGAUCCAGGAGACUCAGGAAUGCGAGAAUCCAGACGACUCUGACCAGGAAGAUGAUAUCAUGGAUGAGACGCAUGAGACGGCCAGUAUCGAACUUGGCGAUAGCGGACCUGCAACACCCUUGCAGGUUUCUAAGGCUCCUGGGGGGCUCAAAUUACAUGAGAUACCUGCCUCUGAUGUUGAAGCGGAGACCGAAGCGGAGGCCGAAGCGGAGGGUGAAAAUGACACCCAGCCUGUUACUGAAGCCAAGGCCAAAAGCAUUAAUGAGGGCUGGUUCCGAUCCCUUCGACACAUAUACCAACGACCACCGGGGCCGGUGUGGUCUGACGACUAUAACACACCUUUCAAAAAAUGGGCACGGGUCGACCAAAACGUGUUCAAGGAGCGUCAGCGUCGCGGAGGUGCGCAUAUCCCCGUGGACGAGAAGGGGGUGAUCCAACGGUUUAAAUCUUAG